AUGGCGUUCCUGUUCAACCGCGCCAGAGCAAGGCAGCCCGCGGAGGUCGCGCGAUUGAUAAAGGAGUUCCUCGUGAGGCUCUGGGAAAACCCAAAUGGUGGCUCGAAGAUAGAGGAAGAUUUAGCCAAGCAAUUGGCCCAUAUGAAGUUGAUAGUUCAGGGGACACAGGAAGUCGACAUUCUUCCCGAACAGGUACAACAAUUGAUACAAGCCGUCAUCCAAGACGACCUCCUCUACGAACUCGCCCGAAGUAUCCGAUACCUCCCAUUCGAAGCAAGAAAAGAUACGCAAACUAUAUUCUCCCAUAUCCUCCGUUUCAAACCCACCAAUGCGGACUCCUCAGAACCUCCUGUCAUAUCCUACAUUGCUAGCAAUCGGCCAGAAAUUAUAGUGGAGCUAUGUUGGGGCUACGAAAAUCAUCGAAGCGCCAUGCCCUGUGGCUCUAUCCUGCGGGAGGCGCUCAAGUACGAGGUUAUUGCGGCUAUUAUACUGUACGACGAGUCGGCAAGAGACGGGCCUGCUAUCCAUAUUAAUGAAGUUGAUCCCGGUACCAAGCAGACUGGAGAGGGAGUCUUUUGGAAUUUCUUCCAAUGGAUUAACCGCGGUAGCUUCGAAGUAGGCGCAGAUGCAUUUACUACUUUUAGAGAAAUUCUCACGAAACAUAAAGCCCUAGUGUCACAAUAUCUGUUAUCGAAUUUCGAGUUGUUCUUCGGCAAAUACAACGAUAUUCUUGUCCAGUCGGACUCGUAUGUGACAAAACGGCAAAGCAUCAAGCUGCUAGGCGAGAUCCUUCUAGACCGGGCUAAUUAUAAUGUCAUGACGAAAUACGUGGAUCGCGGAGAUCAUCUCAAGCUGUGUAUGAACCUGUUGAGAGAUGAUCGCAAAAUGGUCCAAUAUGAAGGAUUCCACAUUUUCAAGGUCUUUGUUGCAAAUCCCAACAAAUCUAUUGCUGUCCAAAAGAUCCUAAUCAACAAUCGCGAUCGGCUGUUGAAAUUCCUUCCCAAGUUCCUGGAGGACCGGACAGAUGACGACCAGUUUACUGAUGAAAAAAGCUUCCUUGUACGGCAGAUUGAGAUGCUGCCACUAGAACCUGUUGAACCUGGGCGGAAACAGACUAGCAAUGUUAAUGACUCUGAGGCUGGUACAGCUACUGCGGCGUAA